AUUACUUGCGGAGGAUUUUAAUGAGUCUUUUGGACGCCGAAAAGAGAUCGAUGCUUGGAUGGAAUCGUUACGUGGAUAUAGAAAGUGAUCUUGAUGACGUACAAGGAGUACAAGAUCUUACCGUGAACAGCUUGAGUCCACUAGAAACAAAACAACUUCACGUCAUCCUAUCCUGCGUAGCGGUCGCAGUGAACAAUGGCAAUUGUGAGGACGAUUCUAUCGCAAGUGUGUUUCUAAAUACGAGCCCUCGAAGCCUUCGUCUAAUCUUUCUUACCAUGGUGACUACAUUUCCUCGUUCACUACAAGCACUCGUAUUGCAUGCUCUCAGUCCUGUCACUGCAGAACGUUUGAACUCGAUUGCUUCUGAAGCAUCACAGUAUGGUGUUGAUUUAACGUUGUUACGGCUUUGGUUUUGACAGAGCAGAGUUCUACAAGCGCUUUUACAAUGUUUUUGACAAUUCUAGUGUCCCAAUGGCUGCGCUCCCCGAUAGGAAGGAAGCGUUCGCGUCAAAGUGUCAUGCAAGGUGGCCACUCCAUCCGGGGCUUUGUCAUUUCGACAAGCCAUUAUCGCGGCCCCGACGCUAUGGAAGAAAGCACUUUUUGUGAUCGACAGAAGCUGGCUUACAUCCUCUGAACUGUGUUUGGCACAAACUGACCAAUGGACCAUGAACUUUAGGUAGCGGUGCAUGCGAUUGGCAUGCAGCAAACGACGACGUACUUGCAAUUUACGCUGAUGCUAUUUCUAAACAUCCCCAUCAAGGACAUCGAUUGAGAGUAGAGCAUGCACAACACCUUUCACCUGGAGCACACCACAAAUUUGGGAAGUUCAUAUCUGUGUCGAUGCAAGUGGUAGCAGCGAAUCGACUUGAAGGAAUCCGCACACUCGUGGAGAGAACACCUUCAGGCUGGAGUCAUCCCUGGAUUCCCGAGGAAAGGAUUUCGGCUUGGGACGCAGUGGCAGGGUACCCAUCCUCAGCAGUUUUUCCUUGAGUAGUUUCUACUUUCGUUGGUGUCCUUUCUUAAGCGUUAUACUAUUUGAGAAAACACAGCGCAUCGUCGCCGUCGAUCAAACGCCAUCUCAGCCAUGUAGUUAAAUUCGGUAGAAGAAGCUAGGGUUUUUUUUCUUAAGCUUGUGAAGCGAUGGCGGUGGUAAGUGAGUUUAGGGAGGAAGAUUGCAAAGAGCUUCUCAGCAUUCAUAUGUUGGGGCAGCGAGGUUUCGAGAAAGGUAGGACGCUGGGGUGUGGCGGCCAGGGGCAUGUAUUCGUGUUUCACAAUCUGGACGGUCACAAGUCAUAUGCAGCCAAGGCAUUUCGAUCAGGGAGCGACGCUGAGAGAGAAGUUGGGAUCAUGGCCAAGCUCCGGGGCUGCCCUGGAGUUGUCUCCUUCAAAGAUUUCAUCAAGGAGAGAGAUGGAGGACAGUGUUUUGGGAGUAUUAUUAUGGAACUAUGUGGAUCUAGUCUUGCUGAUCGCUUGCGCGUUUCCGGGCAGAUGAGCGAAGAAGAAGCAGCUCAGAUUAUCAAGCAGCUGGCAGAGACCCUCAAGGAGAUGCAUUCGAGAGGCAUAGUUCACCGGGAUCUCAAGCCGGGCAACAUCCUUUUCAAGCUAGACGCGCGCGACAAAGUGGUGAUUAGUGACUUUGGUUUGGCCACAGACGACCCUGAGGAGAUGUCGCAGUACUGUGGCACGGGGAAGUACAUGGCACCCGAGGUGGCAGAGAACAAGGAUGGGAGCUUCUACACAGCAGCUAUCGACGUGUGGGGGCUUGGAGCGAUUUUAUACGAGAUGCUGGGAAAGAGAGGAUAUCAGCCGAGUGAAGCAUUUGAUCGUGUGCGACAGGGGGCAUCCCCGGUUGGUCCUUUCUCGUUUGUAGCGGAGGAUCUCCUUGAGAAGAUGCUGGCUGUGGAUCCGAAACAAAGGCUGACAGUCGAUCAGGUUCUACAACACCCAUGGAUUGUCAAGCUUUGCAGAAGCAGCAGCAGUAGGAUCUACAGGACGUGGAGGAGGCCCUGUGGUGCGAAAAGGAGUGCUCCUGGCCUCGACAAGGACUUGGUCGUGAAGAAAGUUCGAGCGGCUUAAAAGUGGCAGCAGUCAGUCCGGUAAGCACACUUG